GGCCUCGGCGUCUCGCUCGCGCCGGCCCGCGCCUCCGCCACAGCCCCCGGGGCCGCCCUGCUGGACGUGGCGUGCGCGCCGGCGAGCCCAGGGCAGCGCACAGGUUUGGCGAGAGGCGUUUUGAACAGGAUGUUUGGUGCCGCGGCCCAGGAGCCGGUUUGCUGAGUUACCCUCCCAGUCAUCCGCGAUCACCAGGCCACGUGUGCCCCUGGGAGUCCUUGGAGGUGCACCCAGGGACCGCAUCUGCAGGCCGCUUUCAGGAACUUUGGCCGUGGGUUUUGUAAAAGACUCCAGAAGCGCCAAGAUGCUGAAACAGAUACUCUCGGAGAUGUACAUAGAUCCCGAUCUGCUGGCCGAGCUGAGUGAGGAGCAGAAACAGAUCCUGUUCUUCAAGAUGAGGGAGGAGCAGAUCCGGCGGUGGAAAGAGAGAGAAGCGGCGCUGGAGAAGAAGGAGGCCUUGCCCGUGACGCCCAGACCCAGGAAAGAGAACGGCAAAUCUGUGCACUGGAGACUGGGAGCCGAUAAGGAAGUCUGGGUGUGGGUGAUGGGCGAGCACCAUCUGGACACGCCCUACGAUGUGCUGUGCAACCAGAUUGUCGCGGAGCGGGCGCGGCUGCAAGCCGAGCAGGACGCCCAGCAGCUCAGAAAAGCUCAGUCUGCAGAAUCCCCGGGAAGCAUGAGAACGAAAUCCCAGCCCUCUGCCCCGCCAACACCGGGGACCCAGGAGGCACCCAGAAUCUCUGAGAAAGCAGCCCAGGAGGAGGGAUCGGGGCAGGGAGUGCGCCCGGCGCCAGCUGUCGACGCUGAGAAAAUCCAGUCACUCUGCCGUUCUUCAAGGACUAUUCAGCAAAUGUUGGCAGAUUCUGUGAGUCGUAUGGAGGCAUGCGGAUUCCGCCAGAAGAAAGAACCCACGAAGAAAAAGGAAGAGGAAGAGAUCAAACAAAUAGAUGAAGAGAGGGCCAAGCAGAUUUACAAGAACUGGAGAGACGACUCGGAGUGGCAGGCAUCGUUGCGAAAAUCCAAAGCGGCCGACGAGAAGAGACGCUCCCUGGCCAGGCAAGCUCGGGAGGACUACAAGAGGCUUUCCCAGCGAGGAAGGAGCGGCCAGGGGCAGCAGAGCCCCCCGAGCGUCCCCCAGAAGCCGAAGAGACCUCCUCUCCCGCCGAAGCCUCAGUUCCUGAGUGCGGCCGGGUGUCCUCCAAAACCGCCCAGGACUCAGGGAGUGACCAGGACGGCCUCCAGCUCCGCCCAGCAGGACAUCAUCCGGUGGUUUAAAGAGGAGCAGCUGCCCUUCCGUGCGGGGCUCCAGAAAACCUCGGACGCCGUAGCCCCCUGGUUCCACGGGAUUCUCACGCUGAAGAAGGCCAACGAGCUGCUGAGCACGGGCGUCCCUGGCACCUUCCUGGUCCGGGUCAGUGAGAAGAUCAAAGGCUACGCCCUCUCCUACCUGGCGGAGGACGGCUGCAAGCACUUCCUCAUCGAUGCCUCUGCCGACUCCUACAGCUUCCUGGGUGUGGACCAGCUGCAGCACGCCACCCUGGCCGACCUGGUGGAGUACCACAAGGAGGAACCCAUAACCUCCCUGGGGAAAGAGCUCCUUCUCUACCCCUGUGGUCAGCAGGAGCAGCCGCCUGACUACCUGGAGCUCUUUGAGUGACAGCCUCCAUCCGUCCAUCUCGCCGCCUCCCGCUGGGCUCUCCUGUGGAUGGACACUGCCAGAGUGGACACUUAGGCGUGUGUGGGGCCAGCACCUGCCUCCUGCACAGAGCCAUGGCAUCUUCCAGAAACCUCCCUGAGAUCCCUCUCCUGCACAGCGCUGGGGCUAAGUGUCCACAGAAGCGGCCUCUGCCUCCUGGACGGUCAGGAGCACCUCGCCAGGGCUCACGGGACAGAUAGCACCAGGUGUGAAGGUGGAUGGAAGGAGCAGGUCACCGCGAGGCCUGCCAUGGGGGCGGGAGGGAGCACACGGGCUUCUGUUUCUUCCUGCAGAGCCCGGGCUCCAUCAGAGACGAGGCAGCUGUAGGGGGUUAUUUCUUAGUGGUACAGAGCGAAGAACAGGAUACGCCAGCUCUCUGCAUUCACCUUGUGGCUUGAGUUGUGUCCCCCGGCUCCCUGCGGGCCCCCCAAAAGUACACUGAUGUCCUAAUGUCCCCCUGUCAGUGUGGCCUUCUUUGGAAACGGGAUCUUUGCAGACGUAGUCAAGUUCAGAUAAGGUCACACUGGCCGCCAGGCUGGGCCCCACAGCCAGUGACCGGCCCCCUCGUGAGAUGAGAGACUUGAACAGAGGUAGGCGUGCCCGGGAUGGCGAGCACUGUCGGCAACACCAGAAGGCAGGAAGAACACAGUGGACAGAGCUCCCCAGGGCCUGAAGCAGCCUGCCCCUCCCACUGCCUCACCGUUGGGCUUCCAGCCUCCAGGCUGGGAGGGAAUAAAUCUGUUGUUUGCA